AAGAGUUAUUUCCUAGGUCAACCGUCGUAUUUUCAAGCCCCAAUGUGUGUCUUUUCUUCAACGGCAGUGUCGUAACUAGAUGUCGUUGUCGUUAAUAGUCCGUCUUUCGCAGAAAUACGCCUUGUGAAGCACCGCCCACCCCGCUUACUUAGGAGCCAUCGUCGGCCAUGGAGUGAAAAAAGACCUACAAAUACUGGCCAGAGGACAAUGAACUGGACAAGAACAAGAAUAUUACCUAGAUUGCAAAUGAUGACGACAGUGAAAUCAAGCAUGCAUUCAAAGCAGCCAGACUUAUGCCAGCGGAUGCCCAGGGAUUGCUGGAUGGGAGUCUUUGACCAUAUAGAAGCAGAUGAAAUCGUGACUAUGUUGUCUGCGUCUCAGGAUCUCACCGCAUCUGUUCGGCCUUCGAUGUAUAGCACUAUCGCAUGGGAGUGGAACACUGUGCCCCAAGCACGCAUUCUGCGCUUACUGCAGGCUGUUCUACAGUGCCCUGAGCUGGCCUCAAAUAUCCAGCACGUCUCGAUCUUGUCAUCUUCGCAAUAUGUGCUCACUGAAGAAUGGAAAAACGACCCACGAGAUGGCCAGGAUGGGCCACUUUGGAAUCAAUAUCUUGAGAGCUUCAGCGACGUCGUGGAACAGUCCCAAUCAAUUGUUGAUAAAGCCCAGUUCCCAGAGGCCUUGAAAUGGAAUGAAGCGCUCCAGAAAGGCAAUUCCUAUGCCUACGUGACCAUUCUCCUCUCCCGAUUACACAACCUUAAAUCUCUUCGGCUGGACUACUCCUUUGUCUGGAAAUCAGGAUUUCCUGGAUUGAUGAUGAAGCACGCGUUAUUUUCCACACCAAAAGCCGUACUAUCAUCUUUCAACUCUCUUACGGCUAUUGACUACGGUAGUAAUGUACCCCUGUCUGAGGAGUUUGACCCCAUCUUUAAUAUUUUUGAUGAAUUGAAUGGCUACCCUCCUUGUGAUCCCAAUCAAUUCAUGGCCUGGUUCCAUCUGCCUUCCGUUCAAUCCAUAUCCAUUUGGCUACGGAGCUUUCAAGACGUUAUUACUGGUGAGGACCAGGGGAAUCUGAGUAAGCUGCAUACGCUAGUCAUCGCUCGAGCUACUAUCAAAGAAGAAGACGUGCCAUCUUUGCUGUCCCAGAUGACUACCUUGAAGUCUCUGCACUUGGGCAUGGCAUAUAGAUGGCACAGUGAAUUUGCCUUGGCAUCAUGCUCGAACAUCCUGGAGGGCUUGGAGUCCAUCAGUGAUACUCUAGAAAAGCUCUCCCUGGGUGUGGAAUACUACCCAUUCAGCAAAGGGUACUAUGAUUUUGGAACCGACGAGGAUGAACAGGCAAGGAUAGAAUUUGAUGGAUUUCUGAAGCAAUUCCCCCGGCUGCGAUCUGCAGAAGUACCCAUCACUUUACUUGUGGGAUUGGAUCCAGAUGAAUCGGAUGAAAUUGGCGACCGUCUACCGGAUACCCUCGAGGAAUUAUGUCUGCAGUGGGAUAAUUCGGAGAUUAAUGGGUUUUGGGAAUUCGAGUCACAAUUACAUGAUUGCGUCCGGUAUCUGCUGGACGAUCAACGGACUCAUUCGCCGCACCUUAAACGAGUCACCAUCCGGCAACGCAUGCUGCACCCCAUUGACAGGGAAACCUUUGCCAAGGAGCGCGCAGAAUUGAAAGAGGUGUGUACAGAGGCCGGGAUUGACCUGGAAGUGGUAUUUGACUAUCUGUCUCCGGGGCUAUGGACACAAAAUAAUACUUGGUGUGAAUAGAUAUAGUACAACAUAAGUAUAGUACCAAUGCAGCCGGACUUUGUGCCAG